ACAAACCAAACUCCGUCAGAUCCUCCCUUUUUUUUUCUUUUUUCCUUUUCUUUUUGUUUUACAACUUUUAUAUCCGACUAAAUAAAAAGGUGCGUGAAAGCAGCGUGUUGGACAAAUCGGAACCUGCUCUGGUCUGAGCCAAUCAGUGCCACAGGAAGCUUUACAACCGGUCCGAGCCAUGCCGGUGAGACGGGGCCAUGUGGCGCCGCAGAACACCUUCCUGGACACAAUUAUCCGCAAGUUCGAGGGACAAAAUAGAAAGUUUAUCAUCGCCAACGCGCAGGUGGAGAACUGUGCCAUUAUUUUCUGUAAUGACGCCUUCUGUGGGAUGUGUGGUUAUACCCGGGCUGAGGUGAUGCAGAAACCCUGCACCUGUAGCUUCCUGUACGGACCUCACACCCGGAGACCAGCGGUGGCCCAGAUGGCGAAAGCUCUGCUGGGAGUGGAGGAGAGAAAGGUGGAGAUUUCCCUCUACACUAAAGACGGAGUGUGUUUCAGCUGUGAGAUAGACGUGGUCCCAGUGAAGAAUGAGGACGGCUUGGUCAUCAUGUUUAUCCUCAACUUUGAGCUUCCCACUGACCCCAGACCAGCCCACAGCUCUCCAGACAGAGAGCUCAGCAGAGUGCUGCGUAUCCCCUGGAUCAACAUGGCUUGGCCACAGCGUCUGCGCCUCCUCCUCCGCUCCCUCUGCCCCAGUUCAGGUGUGUCGUCACAGGACACAGAGCUGGGUUCCCCUCGUGCCGACCUCCUUCCCUUCGGACGGGAGUCCGUGGCCCUGGACAAACUGCUGUCCCUCCCUGAGAGACAACAUCUGGAGGAGGCGGGAGCUAGACUGCUGCUCUGGGACAGAGAAGAGGAGGAGGAGGAGGCGGAAGAGGAGGAGGCGGAAGAGGAGGAGGAGCUGAUAAGAGGAGGAGAGAGGGAAGACUUGUCGGUGCCCAGGCCCAGUGAGGAAGACAGAAAGAGAAGAGAAGGAGGUGAUGCUGAUGGGUUUCUGGUGGAUACAAGAACAGGAGGAGGAGGAGGAGGAGGAAGAGGAGGAAGAAGACGUGGGGGGUUUCACACAGGUCUGCCCACAGCUCCCACCUCCACACCCCCCGCCUCCUCACAUGCUCCACCAAGGAGAGAGGAGAGAAGGAGAGGUGAAGACGACUCUCCUCUUCACAUCCACCCUCCCUCCAGCAGCUUCGAUGGCAGCUGUGUGAGUUUGAAACACUCCUCCUCGGUGGAUGAUAUGAAGAGUGGGCAGAGUUACUGGGACAAGAGGCUGCAGUUGAGACACAGCUGCACCGCAGGUAUAGUAACCAUCAGAAAGACCAGCGGGCCGGCUGGGAUGUCAGACACUGAUUUGCGUUGCCGAUCCAACAGCCAGCUGAUCUCCCAGAGCCCACUGGACACAAAGACUGACGCCUUCAUGGCGUUACCUCCUGGUGAAAUCAGACCUCCUUGUAAACUGAUCGACAGAACGCACCACGUCACUGAGAAGGUCACGCAGGUUCUGUCUCUGGGUGCCGAUGUGUUGCCGGAGUAUAAGCUGCAGACUCCCAGGAUCCAGAAGUGGACCAUCCUCCACUACAGUCCGUUCAAGGCUGUGUGGGACUGGGUCAUUCUCCUCUUAGUCAUUUACACAGCGAUUUUCACCCCGUACUCUGCCACAUUUCUACUGAGCGACCAGCAGGAGGCAGCCAUGCAGACCUGUGGUUACUCCUGCUCUCCCCUCAACGUGGUGGAUCUUAUAGUGGACAUCAUGUUCAUUGUUGACAUCAUCAUCAACUUCAGGACCACAUACGUUAACUCCAACGACGAGGUGGUGAGCCAGUCUUCACGGAUCGCAGUCCACUACUUCAAAGGCUGGUUCCUCAUCGACAUGGUGGCAGCCAUUCCCUUCGACCUCCUCAUCUACCGCUCAGGAGAGGAGGUGGUUAGGGGAGGAGGAGAGGGAGAGACCACCACGCUGAUUGGUUUACUGAAGACAGCUCGGUUACUGCGAUUGGUUCGUGUAGCCAGGAAGUUGGACCGUUACUCGGAGUAUGGCGCUGCCGUCCUCUUCCUCCUCAUGUGCUCCUUCGCCCUCAUCGCCCACUGGCUGGCCUGCAUCUGGUACGCCAUAGGUAAUGUGGACCGGUCAGCCUCGGCGGGGAUCGGCUGGUUGGACACUCUGGGCGAUCAGCUGGGGAAGCCGUACAACGACUCCAUCACGGAGUCCGGUCCCUCCAUCAGAGAUAAAUAUGUCACAGCUCUGUACUUCACCUUCAGCAGUCUGACCAGCGUCGGCUUCGGAAAUGUCUCGCCGAACACCAACUCUGAGAAGAUCUUCUCCAUUUGUGUCAUGCUCAUCGGCGCUUUGAUGUACGCCAGUAUUUUCGGUAAUGUGUCGGCCAUCAUCCAGCGGCUUUACUCUGGUACAGCGCGCUACCACGCCCAGAUGAUGAAAGUCCGAGAGUUCCUCCGCUUCCACCAGAUCCCCAACCCUCUGAAGCAGCGGCUGGAGGAAUACUUCCAACACGCGUGGUCAUACACGAAUGGGAUAGACAUGAACGCUGUUUUAAAAGGUUUCCCAGAGUGUCUCCAGGCAGAUAUCUGUCUCCACCUCAACAGGUCGCUGCUGCAGAACUGUAAGGCUUUCAAAGGAUCCACUAAGGGAUGUCUGAGAGCCCUAGCCAUGAAGUUUAAGACCACCCACGCUCCUCCCGGCGACACCCUCGUCCAUGCCGGAGACCUGAUAUCAGACCUGUACUUCAUCUCCAGAGGAUCCAUAGAGAUCCUCAGAGGAGACAUGGUGGUAGCCAUACUGGGUAAGAACGAUAUCUUCGGGGAACCGAUCAAUCUGUACGUGCUGCCAGGAAAAUCCAGGGCUGAUGUCAGAGCUCUGACCUACUGUGACCUGCACAAGAUAAACAGAGAGGAUAUGCUGGAGGUUCUGGACAUGUAUCCUGAAUUCUGUGAAUCUUUCUGGUCCAACUUGGAGAUCACCUUCAGUCUCAGAGAUGAGAAUAAUGAAGCUGAGGAUCUUCUGAGUGGAGACGGCUUUGAUUGUGACGGGUUGAGCAGACCUCAGACGAAACACAAACUCUCUUCCACUCACACAGGUGACACCAUCUCCACAAAGAGACAGAACGCUGCCCACAGACGCAGAAGAAGACACAGUAACUGGGAGCAACGUGACCGAGGCCACAGCAAAGACGAUCAUAAACACACACUAUAUGUCCAGGUGUUCUCCAGUGAGGAAGAAGAGGAGGAUUCAGACGUGACCAGCUCUGCUCAGACGUCCGUACUUCAUGCUGCUGCCACAAACACCACCAGGAGAGAGAGGAGCUGGAACCCUGUAACAGGGGCGUCCAACAUCUUUACACUCUGGGGCUCAGAGAGUCGAGAGGGACACAUGUACCAGGAGGUGCCCUGCCCCCACAGCCUCCCCUCACCACCUCCUCAGCCUCCAUCUCUCCAGCUCCCUCACCUGCCCUCCUACAGCCCUCCUCCUCCUCCUCCUCCUCCUCCUACCACCACUAUCAUCUCUCGCAGGCAGGAGGUGGGGUUAGAGAACAGGCUGGAGGCACUGCAGCAACAGAUCAUCAGGUUGGAGUCUUGUAUGUCAGCACACAUCGGCACCAUCAUGCAGCUGCUGCAGAGGCAGAUGCCAGUAAUCCCGCCCUCCUACAGCACCCUGACAUCAACACCUAACACACCCUCCUCCCCCGGUCUCUCUCCCGCUAUUGCCUCCCCAUCUGGCACCACCCCCACCCCAACGACUGUUUUCCCCACAGACACAGACAAGUCACCAACCACCGACCCGCAGCAAAGGCAGCCAAGUGAAAACCAAGAUCAAGUCCCUCAACAACCUCCAGAAUCUAAUUCCCUCAGUUAUAAUUCCUCAGUCCUCCAUCUCACUGCCUCACCCCCCCUCAUCCAUGCAUCACCCCUUCACACGUCUUCAUAUUAGUCACUGUUUUCUCCCCCCGUCUUACCCUCCAAAUCAUCUCCACCUCUCCACCCACUCUUCAAAACUCCACCCAGGCCUCGUCCUCUGUUCUUCCUCAGACAGGUGUGUCAGCAUGACUCUCUUACAGUCACCGUUCCCACCCUCCCCACCCUCCCCCCACAGCCCUCUGCCUCACCGAUACUAUAAACCUUACUGUGGCAUGUUGAAUGAUCGUGAGUCUGAACUUCACAGGAGAACGGGAGAGAGAGAAAAAAUAUUCAGCUUAGUCUCACACUUCCAAUUAUUUUUCAUUUAAUUCUCAGCAAAAAAAAAAAGGAAUCAGAAUUAUGAAAAAACAUCAAGAGUCAAUAAAACAUGAGGUCCAAGUCAAGAAUGAUAUUUUUUACUAAUACUGACCUCUUACCUUUGCAAGGUGUGUUCAGAGAUCUAUCCUCCAGAUGUCCUUUGACUUUCCUCCCUGUCUCGCCCUCUUCUCACCUGGUCUGUUUGCUUGUCUCCUCCUCUCUCUGCUCACAUAUACAGUAUUUUAAUUCAGCCCAAUUUACAAUUAAGCUGUUCUCAUCCACAUGUUUUUUUUUCUAUUUAUCUGUAUUUUUUUUGAAUAAAUUAGUUACUUCAAAUUUUAGUUUUUUAAUUUUC